UUUUGAAUGAGUAUAGUUGUAAUCUGAAUUAUAAUUAACCGGAAUUCGGAAAUAAGCAUAAAGGGCACUGACUAGCUGUACAGAUCAAGGUGUCUAAGAAACUUCAAAGAUAUCACAGGUCAAAAAGACCUAAUUGAAAUGCUCGACCAUUGAAAUUUCCUCAUUGUGGCUGGAUCAUGGAACAUAAACAAUUUUUCAGAUUAAGUUGACUAUGACAACAUAAUCCAAGGUGUAGAAGUGGGGUGAAUUAGGUCUUGCGUUGUUAUUGGAUACCAUAUCACGGGGAUUAUAGAUACUUUCUUUAGACAAAAUAUGCCAUUGUUCUUAAAAAUUUAGAAACUUAAAUCAAUCUUAACCCCUCUUAUUUACAUCUUGAACAGAAGGUUCUAUAAGCUUUAAGGCAAUGGAAGGUGUGACGAUAGCAACACAGCUCCUCCGUGCAUAGGGUAUCAUCAGCCUAUAACUCCUAAAAAUGUUCUUUAAUCUUUUGUUCUAUAUCAUAAUUGGUUCUUUAAUUGCUGAGAAACCACUUUUUUCUGUGGUGAACUAAAUUCAUGUGUUGUCUCGAGAAAAAGACAAGUUUUAUACUUAAUGCAAUAAAACAAAUUUUGUCACGCAGUUGGGUGGAAUUGAUGGCACCUGUGUUCUCAAAAGCAGCCUGGCGAUGUGCAUGGUAUAUGCUCCAGAAUGACUUGAUCCAUGCAUGGGGCCUGGAUUUCCAGCUUGGUUAUUGUGCACAGAGUGAUAGGACAAAAAAUGUUGGUGUGGUUGACUCUGAGUAUAUAGUUCAUUUGGGUCUUCCAACACUUGGUGUUUUAGAUGGCACCAAGGAACCAUCUGGCUUGCAAAGAGUUAAUAAUAGAACUGAAGUAAGUCCCUUGGUUUCACUAUAGGAAAGUGUAUCUUCUUUCUAGGAGUACUCUGUAGAUUCUGUUGGUUCUUUUAAUCUGUGUGCUCAAACAACACUAAAUCAUUGAAAUUGAAACUGAAGUCAUGCACAUAUAUAUUAUAUCAUGUGCUUUAAGCUACAAGGACAGUUGUAUCUCAGUGGUUUUUGAACUUGGAACAUGCUAUGUUGGUGGUGUGAAGCAAAGUCCAACGUCACCUUGGUACUAAAGUAAUGUGAAGUAAAGCGUGAGGGCAUUUUCAGCUCAACCCAAUGGUAUUAGAGCCAGAGUAUUCAAGGAUGGUUAGUGUGUGUCCCUGGUCUGCAUGCGGUAGGUGCUACCAGAUGAGCACGUUGCAAGUGAGGGAGGGUGUGAAGCAAAGUCCCACAUCACCUUGCUAGCGUGAGGGCACCCCGACCUCAACAACUAACUUUUGAAGUUGAGUUUUACCCAAGACCAUGUAACAUGAAGCUCUUUUUUUUCUUUGUUUAAUUAUCAAACUAGAAAGAGCAUUUUACAAGUUACGCGGAACUAGAGAAAAUCUUCAUGGGAAUGCAUGAAAUAUAUCCCUCCAAAAAAACACUAGUCUUGCAAUAUAUUCAUUUGCACUAGUCAUAAUGUUGCCAUUGCAAAAUAUGUUGAGGGAGUGAUAUUUUUUUAUUCUUGUUUCAUGGCAAGUAUGCUACAUUACUAUCUUGGAUUUUUUUUCGGCUUUUUUGUGUAAAUGAGCACUUUGUUUAUUUCAGUUUUUUUUAUUUAUAGUAAGGGCCGUUACUCUGAAAACUGAUGAUUUGUCUCCAUCACAUCUGUUUUCAUUCAUCUGCAUCUGUUCUUUGGGCACCAUUGAGUGAUGAUAUGUGUGCAAGUGAGGAGACAGUCCUUUAUGGAAAUGCAGAUUUUCAAGAAAAGAUGGAACAAUGCAGUGAAUGACGACAAAUGUUGGGUCAAUCCAUAGCAACAACCUAUUGAGCAGAAAAGCCGUUACCUUAUAAUCUAUACUACAU